CCAAAAAAGGAAAUGAAUAUGCCAAAGCAUCUAUAUAAUUAGUACAUGCAAAUUCUAUAUCCCGUUUCGAACCUACCUAGCAUAUCCUUGUUCAACACUUUAUCUUAGUCAAAUUAUUAAAUUAGAUAAGAAUUGAAUCAAAGUUACAUCAUUAUUACAAGUUUAAACUCCAUAAUUUCCCUCGAAUAUUCUCUAGAAAAUUCCAACUAUUAUCAUCAUCUAUAUAACCAAAAAAAACCACACACUUUAAUUCAUCAACAAAAAAAACUCACAUUUUCUUCCUCAAACAAAUUAUCCAAAUCCAUAACACGAACCCGUUUUCUCUUACAGUGAUGAUGAAUUUUGCUAGAAAGAAACGAGUCACUGAUCCGUUCAACGACGAAGCCAAAGCACGACUCGUCGGAGCUGAUCUCCGGCGACUAAGCGACGUCAGUAGCGGUAGCGAACAUUCUGGCACCGGCGAAUGCGAUUCUUCACCGUCUCUCUCUGAGCUCGUGCAUGGUUUUCUUGAAGAAGAUGACGGAAACGUGUGUGAUUCAACUGGAAACGAUUUUGACUCAGAGCGAGUUGACUCGGUUUCUGAUUCCAUGGAUUCGGUGGAGGAUCUACUGAGAUUAAGUGCUGAAAAUGCUAAUGCAGAUUCUUACCUGAACAUGCUUCGAUUGCAUGUUUCUGAAGCUGCGGUGAAAUUCGAUUUUCUGAAGAAACAAAGCGUUUCGGUUUAUAACCGUAACGUGAUGUCAUUUUUGCGUGAGAAAGGACACAAUGCGGCGAUUUGCAAGACGCGGUGGGAUUCCUCCGGUGGACUCACCGCUGGGAACCACGAGUUUAUUGAUGUGGUGCGAAUGCGAUCUGGAUCGUCCACGUGGCAGAAUAGGUACUUCGUGGAGCUUGAUUUCGCCGUACAAUUUGAAAUUGCUCGGCCGACGAGCCGUUACUCGGAGAUUAUGAGUUACGUUCCCGGAAUAUUUGUCGGGAAUUCGGAGGAGCUGAAACGCACCGUUUUGGCUUUGUGUGGUGCUGUGAAGCUCUGUUUGAGGAGUAGAGGGUUGAGUAUUCCUCCUUGGAGGAAGAACCGGUACAUGCAAAACAAGUGGUUUGGACCUUAUCGUAGGACCACGAACCCGGUUCAUGGAAAUCCGGUUCCAGAUGUUGUUUCUUCUUUCAGUGGCGUUAAAUGCAGAUUAGUCGGGUUCGACAACGCCAUGUCCGAGAUCAAACAUGGCGUCGCCUUUGUCAGAAUCAAAUGAUUGAUAGUAGUAUCCUCUACACACAACUGCAACAAUUAAUAUUUCUGGCUUGUGAAUUCAAAGUGGACUGCAAAGUCUCUUUUAAGGGUUUUAAGUUGUCGUAUGUCCAAAUUUUGGUUCGAAUUCACGGCCUUAGUCAAGUUAAAAUAAAUAAUUGUGUUCGUAUCAUUUCAUUUCAUCUGAACGUUCUCAUGUUACUUAUUUUGUUGAACAAGAACGUUCUCUAAGUUAUUGAUGAUAAAGUUUGAAAUUUUGUUAAUA